AUGGCUAUCCAAAUAGUUUCCGACCUUCAUCUUGAGUCCCCGAGAGCUUACGAUAUUUUCGAAAUCGUGCCACAGGCACCUUACCUAGGCCUUCUUGGCGACAUAGGAAACGUUGCUGCGCACAAGGAGGAGUGCCUCGCUUUCUUGACACAGCAGCUUCAGCAAUUUCGCGCUGUUCUAUUCGUCCCUAGAAACCAUGAAGCCUAUCACUCAAGGUGGGAUUUCACUCUCAAAAUUCUUCAGGAUUUUCAAGCAGCUGCAAAAAAGGACUCGUCACUGGGAGACUUUGUACUACUCGACCGCUCUAUGUUCCAGGUACCAGACUCCAACAUCGUCAUCUUAGGCUGCAGCCUGUUCUCCUUCAUCCCACCUGAAAGAGCCGAUUCAGUCAGCAUGGGAUUCCAGGACUUCUUCCAGAUCGAAGAUUGGGAAAUCAGUUCGCAUAACGAAGCCCACAAACGAGAUCUUUCUGGGCUCAAUUCCCAAGUCGCAGAGCUCGAAAAGUCUGAGGCCAGAAUCAUCAUCUUUUCACACUGGAGUCAGCCAUCCGGGAGUGAUAUCAACCUGCACCAAAGUUGUUCCUUGCUUGUAAUAGAAGAACUGUGCCUGUUGAACGAAUGGAGAGCUUGGAAGAGAAAGCAACUUCUGUUUGAUCCCAUGCAGAGCACUGUCGAUGUUGAUAAUGAAGUCGACGUCCUGCAUUGA